GUCUGAAAGGAUAAUAGAAAACAUGGACGAUUUCAAAAGCACCUCCACCAAAUUACCACCAAUCUCGGAAAUUUUCAACCCGUGGGUAAUGGAUUGUUCGUACUCACCCUAUAUGGUAAGCACCACCCAGGGGACGCUGAGGGACGAACGCAUACGUCGCCCAAUGAACGCCUUCAUGAUCUGGGCCAAAACGGAGAGGAAAAAGUUGGCAGUGGAAAAUCCGGAGGUACACAAUGCUGAUCUCAGCAAGAUGCUAGGACAGAAAUGGCGAACGCUUAGUCCUCCAGAGAAGAAACACUACAGCGAGGAAGCAGAUAAGUUACGGGAUCUUCACAUGAAAAAGUAUCCAAACUACAAGUAUCGCCCGCGGCGGAAAAAAUCUAGGUUCAGAGUUCCAGUGGACGAGAAGUUUUUGUCCAGAAUAAGUGAGCCUGUUGAAGGUGUACCCAAAUUAAUCGACUUAACGCCUCCCGGAAGUCCCCAAACAACACGCACCGACAUUUCCUCUUUGGUCCCUUAUGCAAAUUGUGCUGCGAGUCAAGUGGGAUCGGGUUAUGAUCAGAUGAUGGCACAAACACAUAUGGCGUAUCAUGGAUUCCCGGACACACCGCCCCCUCAUAGCAACUUUACUGGCUUCACUUUUCCUGCAGGGUGCCGGGAGACCCAAGCAGAAGUUCUUGAGUACGCAGACAAACAACCUUUGACCUAUUGGACAGAAUUUGAAAUUCGGCCACCUACAUUUCAGGGUUCCAACUCCCAGUCCCAACCAUCUCCACUGCAGGCUGAUGUUCUAUCAUCCCAGGAACUAAACGCCCAGUCCCAACCGUCUCCACUGCAGGCUUAUGUUCUAUCAUCCCAGGAACUAAACGCCCAGUCCCAACCGUCUCCACUGCAGGCUUAUGUUCUAUCAUCCCAGGAACUAAACGCCCAGUCCCAACCGUCUCCACUGCAGGCUUAUGUUCUAUCAUCCCAGGAACUAAACGCCCAGUCCCAACCGUCUCCACUGGAGGCUUAUGUUCUAUCAUCCCAGGAAUUAAAGGACGUUAUUGAGAUUGAUAGUACAGAAUUUGACCAAUAUUUAACGACAGAUGAAAACCAAUCCAAAAAUACAAAAGUCGAAAGUAGCUCUUCACCAUAGACUAAUGGUAUGUGAUCUGUGCAGAUAUUUGUAUCUUCAUGACAAAUUUGUAUCAUCUCUAUACAAUGAUAACAAUUACAUUUUGUACACUUUAAUCGUUAAUUUUAGACUUUCGGUUUAGUUUGAAGCGAGAAACAGCAUUCAUGAGUUACUUACAGUGUUUAUAAUUUUUAAGUCGAGUGUAAAAUGGUUUAGUUAAUCACACCAGAAAGUUACCCCUUUUCCUCUCUUUCCAAAACUGACUUCCUGGAAUUUUGCAUGAUUAUAAAUACAUAUGUAGCAUGAUUUAUAAAUAGUAAGUGGCGAUACACAAUAUAUAUCAAUGUCAAUUAACAUAGCAGCAGGACAUUUUAAUCAAACAUGUAUCGUGUGACUUCUGAUAACCUAUGCACAGUGUUAACUUGUCACAUGACCAUGUGCAGUGAAAGUGCGAAGACUUAAUCAGUUGGCUUGUGUCCGUGUCGUCCGAUGUCAACAAAUUCGUAGACUGUUGUCAAUCUGAUAAGUUAACACUAGGUCAUGUCUCCUGAUACUUAAGUCGUUGCUAACAGUGGGUUGACACUCUGUAUUUAUGAUUUCUCUGCCUAUGUGUACCAUGCGACUUCUUCGUCUGGACUGUUUGAUUACUGUAGAAUGGCAUACCAUGGGAGCGAGUUUGGGGAGGACAAAACAUCUCCCUCCUCACAUCAAUUUUUUCGCUCUUUCUUUUCUCCUUCUUUUCUUCCUCUCUUCCUUCUCGACCUCCUCCUCUAUCUCAUCCUUCCUCCUCAUUUUUACAUUGUCUGCCCCCUCCCCCACAUCGCUACCCACCCGAAGUGGGACGAGAAUAUAUAAGCAGUCUUAGAGGAUUUAAAGCUACUCACUCCGGAGACAGGUCCUUAAUCUGUUUUAAUAAUACUUGUAUUAUUAGCAUAUACUGCCGGGUGUAGUUAUACGUUUACUUGUUACGAUCGUUCUAAAAAAAAAGUUGAAAAUCGCUUUCAGUGUGAAAUGUAUGAACUUUGCCUCAGCAGCGAUUGCCAACGAGCCUUAGUUUAGCUUUUAACCAUACUCUAGCAGUCGACCCUGUAGAAACGACCAACUAGAUUGGUAGCUUGUUCAUAGUGAAAAGAGAAACACUGUUAAUCGUUGCCAUUGGUUAACUCAACCAAAAAGAAAAACCCGGACGGAUAGUAUCAGUUCAAAUAGUCAACAUAAUAAUCUGACUAGUCAACAUAAUCAUCUGCCAAGUCGACAAUAUUGUCAUCUCGUCAGAUCACAUUUUGAGCGUGAAAGCAAAUUUACGGUUACCCUUUUAACUUGUUUUUAAUUGACAAUGGACAAAAUCAUCUGACAAUUUGACAUGAUCAGCUGAUAAGUUGGCAUAAUUAUCUGAAAAGUUAUGGCAGAAAUAUGCCAUUAUAAUUUGUUUAAUAAAAAAUAUAACAGUCUGAAUGUUUCGUUUUAUAGAGAGCUGCAUGUGACAGGGGCCCUUAACAAAACGAACAAACAUCGCGACCCCCAAUGAUAAUUGAUGUGAACUCUUUUGAGAUUUGAAAUCAGAAUUUAGAGUUGAUUUGAAUGUAUGAAGCGAUAAACCUGAGCGUACAAGAAUAAUAAAAAAAAAAACCAACCAAAAUGCUGGCCCUCAAAACAGCUUGUCUCAUUUUAGUGAAUACUCACCCUCAAAGUACCUACAUAGACUAUACAUGUAUUAUUAUUUUUUUGUGUACAUGUAUUUAUGAAAUUGAUGUGAUAAGACAUAAGUCUUAAGCAAUAAAGAAAGAAUAUAUAUUUUAUUUCUUUGAUAAAAUCAUAUGGACACGUCUUUCCACUAAUAAGCAUAAUGUGUUUGUAACAUACACGUCGUAUUUUUUGUCAUGUUUGAAUUGCAGUUUGUGAAUGAAAAACCGUAUACAUGUUGUAACUACAGAGCUUGCCCACUCUAGUGUAGAAUUAUCAAUUAUCAUUACACUUGUAAAUAUCAAUGGAUUUGAAAUUGUUUUACUUAUAUGGUGUAAAAUAAUUGAUCAUAACAUACUAUUAAACUGGUGACCCCUUUGAUA